CCCGCCCGCGGUCCUCCCCUCCGGAGCGGGCCUACUGGCCGGGCUGGUCCCGCCUCCUGGCUGAUAUCCUCUGUCCCGGGACUGCAGCUCCCAGAGGUCGGUCUGUCCACAACGCCUGCGCCUCCUCCUGAGCCUGUCUUUCUGACACACCCUGUUGCCAUGAAGAUCGCAGUGAUUGGGCAGAGCCUAUUCGGCCAGGAGGUUUACUGCCACCUGAGGAAGGAGGGCCACGAAGUGGUGGGUGUGUUCACUGUGCCAGACAAGGAUGGCAAGGCCGACCCCCUGGGCCUGGAGGCAGAGAAAGACGGUGUGCCGGUGUUCAAGUUCCCCCGGUGGCGGGCACAAGGAAAGGCUUUGCCUGAUGUGGUGGCAAAGUACCAGGCUCUGGGGGCCGAGCUCAAUGUGCUGCCCUUCUGCAGCCAGUUCAUCCCCAUGGAGAUCAUCAACGCCCCCCAGCAUGGCUCCAUCAUCUACCACCCGUCUCUGCUCCCCCGGCACCGGGGGGCCUCGGCCAUCAACUGGACCCUCAUUCAUGGAGAUAAGAAAGGAGGGUUUACCAUCUUCUGGGCAGAUGAUGGACUGGACACCGGAGACAUUCUGCUUCAGCAGGCGUGUGAGGUGUUCCCGGAUGACACCGUGAGCUCCCUGUACAACCGCUUCCUCUUUCCCGAAGGCAUCAAAGGGAUGGUGCAGGCCGUGAGGCUGAUUGCUGAGGGCAGAGCCCCCAGAGUCCCUCAGCCCAUGGAAGGAGCCACCUAUGAGGGGAUUCAGAAGAAGGAGACAGCAAAGAUCAACUGGGACCAGCCAGCCGAGGCCAUUCAUAACUGGAUCCGUGGGAAUGACAAGGUGCCAGGUGCCUGGACAGAGGCCUGUGGACAGAAGCUGACAUUUUUCAACUCGACCCUGAACACUUCAGGUGUGGCGCCUGAGGGAGAUGCUUUGCCCAUUCCAGGAGCCCAUCGGCCAGGGGUGGUCACCAAAGCAGGGCUCAUCCUGUUCGGGAAUGAUGACAGGAUGUUGCUGGUGAAAAACAUCCAGCUGGAGGAUGGCAAGAUGGUCCUGGCCUCAAACUUCUUCAAGGGAGCAGACAGCAGUGCCCUUGAGCUGAUGGAGGAGGAGCUGGCCACUGCAGAAGCUGUGCGGAGUAUUUGGCAGCGGAUCCUCCCCAAUGUCCUAGAGGUUGAAGACUCCACUGAUUUCUUCAAGUCCGGGGCUGCGUCUGUAGACGUAGUGAGGCUGGUAGAGGAAGUGAAGGAGCUGUGUGAUGGCCUGGAGUUAGAAAAUGAGGAUGUUUACAUGGCAACCACCUUUGGGGACUUCAUCCAGCUGUUAGUGAGAAAGCUGCGAGGGGACGAUGAAGAGAGCGAAUGUGCCAUCAACUACGUAGAAAUGGCUGUGAACAAACGGACUGUCCGAAUGCCCCACCAGCUCUUCAUUGGAGGGGCAUUUGUGGAUGCCGAGGGUGGCAAGACCUUCGAGACCAUCAACCCGACUGACGGAAGUGUCAUCUGCCAGGUGUCCCUGGCCCAGGUCAGUGACAUUGACAAGGCAGUGGCCGCAGCCAGGGAUGCUUUUGAGAAUGGACUGUGGGGGAAGAUCAGCGCGCGGGACCGGGGCAGGCUUCUGUACAGAUUGGCAGAUCUCAUGGAGCAGCACCAGGAGGAGCUGGCCACCAUUGAGGCCCUGGACGCGGGCGCUGUCUACACACUGGCCCUAAAGACCCAUGUGGGCAUGUCCAUCCAGACCUUUCGCUACUUUGCUGGCUGGUGUGACAAGAUCCAGGGCUCCACCAUCCCCAUCAACCACGCUAGGCCCAACCGCAACCUGACCUUGACCAAGAAGGAACCUGUCGGGGUCUGUGGUAUCAUCAUCCCCUGGAACUAUCCCCUGAUGAUGCUGUCCUGGAAAACAGCUGCCUGCCUGGCUGCGGGCAACACAGUGGUCAUCAAGCCUGCCCAGGUGACCCCACUCACAGCCUUGAAGUUUGCAGAGCUGACCUUGAAGGCCGGCAUUCCUAAGGGUGUUGUCAACAUUCUCCCAGGGUCUGGCUCACAGGUCGGCCAGAGGCUGUCGGACCACCCAGAUGUGAGGAAGAUUGGCUUCACAGGCUCCACAGAGGUGGGGAAGCACAUCAUGAAAAGCUGUGCCCUGAGUAACGUGAAGAAGGUAUCCCUGGAGCUGGGCGGGAAGUCGCCCCUCAUCAUCUUUGCCGACUGUGACCUCAACAAGGCUGUGAUGAUGGGAAUGAGCUCCGUUUUCUUCAACAAAGGGGAGAACUGCAUCGCCGCGGGCCGGCUUUUUGUAGAAGACUCCAUUCAUGAUGAGUUUGUGCAGAGGGUGGUAGAAGAGGUGAAAAAAAUGAAGAUUGGCAACCCUCUAGACAGGGAUACCACCCAUGGGCCGCAGAACCACCAAGCCCACCUGACGAAGCUUCUGCAGUAUUGCCAGCAUGGCGUGAAGGAAGGGGCCACGCUGGUUUGUGGUGGGAAUCAAGUCCCUCGGCCAGGUUUCUUCUUUGAGCCAACUGUUUUCACGGACGUAGAAGACCACAUGUUCAUUGCCAAGGAAGAGUCCUUUGGGCCCGUCAUGAUCAUCUCCCGGUUUGCUGACGGGGAUGUGGAUGCUGUGUUGUCUCGGGCCAAUGCCACGGAAUUUGGCUUAGCUUCUGGGGUCUUCACCAGGGACGUCAACAAAGCCCUGUAUGUGAGUGACAAGCUUCAGGCUGGCACUGUGUUUGUCAACACAUACAACAAGACUGACGUGGCUGCUCCCUUUGGAGGAUUCAAGCAGUCCGGAUUUGGCAAAGACCUGGGAGAGGCAGCCCUGAAUGAAUACCUGCGGGUCAAGACGGUGACCUUUGAGUACUGAAGAAUGGUCUCAGUGGUGCCUCCUCAUCCUGCUCACUGUGUCACCUUCUUCCCUGGGUGCCCGGGUGGCUGCUCACCUUCUUUCUCCCAGUCUGAUGCACAGCCCUUCCCACUGGAGUGGCAGUGAACACCCUCCUGCCGGCCCUACCUUCUUCCCAGGCAGCAGCCCCUAGCUGAGUGAGGGGUGACUCCCAGGAGAAUAAAGAUACUGAGCAGAAGCUGUCUG